AUGCUCCAGCAACUUGCCGUUCUCGCCUCGGCCCUGGGCCUUUGCCAUGCGACAACGCAGAUCGUCACCGGCGCCACUCUUUUCGUCGGAGACGCUUCCCCCAUCGUGAACACCUCCUAUGCCCAGUUUCAGGGCAAGAACGACGACAACACCGGAACCUCAAACUAUCUGGGCAUUUCGUAUGCCACAGCAGCCCGGUUCAACCACUCGGUACUGGCCGAGACCUCCGUCUCCGGCGUGCAGAAUGUCUCAGAGUACGGCGUCGUCUGCCCGCAGCAUGAGCUCCCCUCAUCUAUCGACCCGUCCGUGCUGCCACUAGGCAGCUUGUCUGGCGUUCUCGUUGCUGCUCUGUCGCAGUCCACCCUCGAGCAGGGCGAAGACUGCCUCUCGAUCAACAUCCAUGUGCCGCAGAACACCAGCAGCACUGCCGGCCUGCCUGUUCUCCUGUGGAUCCACGGCGGUGGCUUCGAGGCGGGUGCAGGAGGUUCGCUGCUGGAGGCCGAUGUCGAGAACCCGGGAGUGAUCUACCAGGCCACCAACAUUGUCGAGCGCAGUGUCGCUAUGGGCCAGCCCAUCAUUGUGGCCUCUAUCAACUACCGCUUGAACCACUUUGGCUUCAGUGCCUCUGAGGAAUUGGCGGCUGCUGGCCUGCUCAACCUGGGUUUCGAAGACCAGAGGAACGCUCUCCGCUGGCUGAACAAGCACAUCGGUUCCUUCGGCGGAGACGCUGACAAGGUCACCAUCUGGGGCGAGAGCGCGGGCAGUUGGUCAGUUGCCGCUCAUCUCGUGGCCAACGGCGGCGAUAACGAGGGACUUUUCCGGGCCGCCGUUGGCAGCUCGGGUGGACCGUUGAAGGUUGAUGGCCCCGAGAGGCAGCAGAGCACCUUUGACUCCCUUGUCAGCUACGUCGGUUGCAGUAGCGCCACAGACGUGAUUGCCUGUCUGCGGGAGGCCGAGUACAGCGAGAUCUACGCACACAUGCAGACUGUGCCGUACUUCCUAGGCUACAACAGCUUGGCCUCAUCUUGGACGAUCCGUCCUGACGGCGAUGUCUUCACUGACAGCCCUGACAAGCUUGUCAGUGCGGGUGCUAUUGCUGAUGUCCCUCUGCUUUGGGGUGACAUGCGCGACGAAGGCACUCUGUUCUCUCUGAUCAACGCCGCCAACACCACCACCGACGACGAUGUUAUGGAUUACUUCCUCAAGACCUGGUGGCCCAACGCUACCGAGGCCCAGCUUGAGCAGAUCCUGACUCUGUAUCCCGACAACCAGACGGCCGGCUCGCCUUUUGGCACUGGCGACAACAACGCCCUGUACACCCAGUUCAAGCGUAUCUCUGCCAUCACCGGCGACUACAGCUUUGAAUCCCAGCGUCGCCAGCUGAUGGGCGCCGCUCCGGGCAACAAGUGGAACUACCUUAUCGAGCAAGCUCUGCCCGCAUCCGUUUUGGCCGGCACGGCGACCUUGGGAGAAAUUACCGAGGCUGACUACGCGGACUCUGAUGCGUUGGAAGCGGUCCCAUACCUAGGCAGCUUCCACGCCAGCGAUGUGGUGCUCAACUUCUUCGGUGCACUGCCCAGCAACAACUCGCGCCAUCUGAUGGGCACCCUGAUUUCGUUUGUAAACAACUUGGACCCCAACAAGCAUGACAUGACCGAUGUGCCCACUUGGCCGCAGUAUGACUCGUCUAGCAAGUCAACGAUGCUGUGGAGCGAGAACAACAUGGCUUCGACAACGACAACAACGCCGACGACAGCGUCCAACGACCAUACGGACACUGCCAUCAUCGUUAUCAACAUCGUCCUCGCUGUGAUAGCGACCGUUACAUGCGCCGGACGGUUCUGGGCACGAAAGCUCACGGGCGUAGGAUGGGGCCUUGACGACUGGCUGGCGCUGGCCAGUUUGAUAGUAAAUCACGCGUUCUGUGCCAUCACGGUCGAGGCGACGGUCAAUGGCGGUCUGGGUCGGAGCAUCGUGGUGGUGAUGGCUGAGAACCCGAUGCAGUUGAUCACGUUUCUCAAGUGUGUCGUCGCAGCUGAGUUCUGCUACGGCUUCUCCUCGCCUUUGAUCAAACUUUCUCUGCUGGCCUUCUACUGGCGCGUGUUCCCCACGCCAUUCAUGAAGAAGGGUAUCUACGUUUUGUCAGCGGCUUGCAUCGGCUGGGGCGUCGCCAUCUUCAUCACCAACUGCUUGCAGUGCCGUCCGCUGUCGUACACAUGGGAGCAGACAACCAACCCGGGCGCCGGAACCUGCAUCGACUUGAUUCUGUACUUCGUGGGCAACUCCAUCGCCAACAGUCUCAUCGACAUCUUGACCUUGGUGCUGCCGAUUCACGAGACCAUGAAGCUGCAGGUCAGCUCGAGCAAGAGAGUGGGCAUCUGCUGCGUUUUCGCACUUGGCAGUCUCGUCGUUAUCGCCAGUUUUGUCCGCUUCGGAUCUCUGGCUUCUCUUUACUCCAUCGGUGUGACGGACAUGACCCAGCAAUACGCUCUCAUGUGGACUGCCACCGUCGUGGAGAUCUACGUCGCCAUCAUCGGCGCCUGUGCAGUUACUCUCGUGCCCGUCUACCGCAAAAUGCGUUACGGCACUCCCUGGUCAACUCGCGACCAGAAGUCCAACCAGAUUUCGUCGAACCCUGCAUUCGCUGGCACUGGCGGCGCCGGUGGUUCGCGGCCUGGAGUCCACCACAACUUCAAGCGCUCCGCAAACCACGAACGCCUGAGCACAGGCAACGAUUCGGAGGAGUACCUGCACCACGGCUCUGGCAUGAGGUACUCAGUAUCUGGAGCAAAAAGCCCCAAGCGGGAAGAGGCGAGCGACGAUGUGCCCAUGGACACGAUUGUGGUCCAGAGGGAUGUUACUUGGGAGGAGGAGCGAAAGUGGGCGGGCCUUGCAGCCCUACUCGCGGCCUCAAACUCCGCUCUCGCCGUUGCGAAGCCAAUUUCCGCCCGUGAUGCGUUGAGCCCCAAGGUGGAGAUUGACUACGCCAACAUCACUGGCCGGAUCAAUGGCAACAUCAAAGAGUUCCUAGGCAUUCCUUUCGCCUCAGCUGGCCGCUUCGAGCACUCUCAGCUCUACACCGAGCAAUUGGGCGAGUUCGAUGGUAGCAGCUACGGUCCCAUCUGCCCGCAGAAGACGACGGGCUCCAUCCUGUCCAUGAACUCGUCCAGCAGUCUCAUCUUGGGCAAGACCGGCACGGCAAUCGGCCCCAUCGUUGGUGCCCUGGCCGACACAGUUUUCAACACCAUCGGACAGACCCGCAGUGAGGACUGCCUUCUGAUCAAUGUGCAAGCGCCUGUCGACGCUAAGAAGGGAGAUAAGCUGCCCGUGGUGAUCUGGAUUCAUGGUGGCGGAUAUGAGGUCGGCAGCCCCUUUACUGCUACCAGUGAGACGGAUGUGAUCCGCGGUGCCGUGCCGAACUACAACAUCGGUGGACUGGUGCGCACCUCUGUCAGCCUCAACCAGCCUAUCAUUGGUGUUUCGGCCAACUACCGCCUCAACGCCUUCGGGUUUUCCGCGUCCAAGGAGAUGGAGGAGGCCGGACUUUUAAACCUCGGCCUCGAAGAUCAAAGAGUUGCUAUGCAAUGGGUCCAGAAGCAUAUUGCCGAUUUUGGUGGUGACCCGGACCAGGUGGUCAUCAUGGGCGAGUCGGCUGGUAGCUGGUCCGUCGUCGCGCAUCUGCUGUGGGAUGAGGGAGAGGGCGCCACUGAUCUUUUCCGCGGGGCGAUGGCCCUGUCUGGUGGCCCUGUCAUGGUUGAAAAUGCCGAGCGUGCUCAGCCUUUCUUCGAUAACAUGGUCGACAGAACAGGAUGCACCAACGCCACCGACAAGAUUGCCUGCUUGAAGGUCGCUGACUUUGACGACAUCAUGGCUUCCGUGAACGACGAGGGCAUGCUUCUCGGACCCCGAUCCCUGGCGUCGACUUGGACCAUUCGUCCCGACGGCAAGCAUCUCAAGGACUCUCCCCACCGCCUGGCUGCUGCUGGCAAGAUGGCUUCCGUUCCCCUGGUCACUGGCGACAUGCGUGAUGAGGGAACCCUUUUCUCUCUCCUCGCUCAGCUCGAGACCCUGACGGAUGAGGACUUCGCAAAGUACUUCAAGGACAUCUGGUGGCCCAAGGCCUCCGAUGCUGAGAUGGCCAAGCUCAUGGAGCUCUACCCAGCGGAUAUCACCCAGGGCUCCCCCUUCGACUCGGGCGUUCUCAAUGCCGUGACCCCCAACUUCAAGCGUCUGGCCGCAGUGGUGGGCGACUUCAGCUUCCAGGCGCAGCGCCGCAACCUGCUGGCACACUACAACACCUCUGAGCAGACUGUCUGGAACUACGUCACUGAUGUCAGCAUUCCUUCCGCCGGUCUGCUGCCUGAUCUGGGCGUCUUGACUCACCUGCCUGUUCUCGGCUCGUUCCAUGCCUUUGAUGUCUGGUUCUAUAUGUUUGCAGGCUUGCCGUACGGCCUUAGCAAGAACACCAAUGCUUACCAGGCUACCGCCAUCUCCUUUAUCCGCACCCUGAGCCCCAACAACCACGGUUUGGAUCUUGCCGAUUGGCCGAGAUACUCUGAGGAGGGACUGGAGACCUACAACUUCAAGGAGAGCGGUCCGGAAGUUGUUAAGGAUGACUACCGCGUGGAGGCCAUGCAGUUCUUCAACGACCACCCUGAUUCUUUCUUGAUUUAA